AUGGCGCCUUCUUUGGAAUACUAUGAAGCUGUCUCGGGAGGGGAACUCCCGGUUAAAGCUAUCCCGACCAAAACCAAUGGAGUCGAAGCUGUUAGCGGCCUGCAACUAGAUCAGAGUGAGAAACAUGAGAUUAUUCUUAAGACUUUCCGAGCGUUUAUCGCCGAUCUAUGUCAGCAAUUCGGAGGCGGGCAUCCUGGCGGUGCAAUGGGAAUGGCUGCUAUUGGAAUCGCGCUAUACAAAUAUGUCAUGAAGUAUUCUCCUACAAACGUAGGGUUCUUCAAUCGAGAUCGUUUCGUCCUAUCAAAUGGACACACAUGCUUGUUUCAGUAUCUGUUUAUGCACCUUGUGGGCUUCAAAUCCAUGACGAUGGAGCAACUCAAGAGCUAUCACUCCGACCGAACCGACUCUCUGGCUCCUGGCCAUCCAGAGAUCGAGAAUGAAGGCGUGGAAGUGACGACGGGUCCACUCGGACAGGGUGUAGCGAAUGCAGUUGGCCUCGCCAUGGCCACAAAACACCUUGGUGCGACAUACAACCGCCCAGGCCACACCGUCGUCGACAAUAUGACGUGGUGUAUGAUUGGCGACGCAUGUCUUCAAGAAGGCGUUGCUCUUGAGGCCGUUGCGCUAGCUGGGCAUUGGAAGCUCAACAAUUUAGCGAUUCUCUACGACAACAACAAUAUCACUUGCGAUGGCUCCGCAGAUGUGGCUUGUACGGAGGAUAUCGAUGCGAAGAUGCAAGCAUGUGGUUGGAAUGUGAUCGAUGUCUACGACGGAGACCACAAUGUCACAGGGAUCGUACAAGCAUUGCUGACCGCACGAAUCAGCCAGAAACCAACCUUUAUCAACAUCAGAACCAUCAUCGGAAUCGGGAGCGCUGCAACUAACAACGCCAAAGCUCAUGGUGCUGCUUUCGGAGUUGACGACGUCGCCCAGAUCAAGAGGAAUUUUGGCCUUGACCCAGAGAAGCACUUUGAAAUCUCGAAAGACAUCUACGGCUUCUUUGAGGAUGUUAAACAUCGCGGUGAGAGCCUCGAGGCUGAGUGGAGCGCCACGGUCAAGGAUUACGAAGCGCAGUAUCCCGAGCUUGCAGCUGAAUUCAAGCUUCGAGUCCAAGGGAAGAUGCCCGUCGACUGGACUAAGUUCAUUCCUUCAAAGGACCAAUUGCCCACCAAACCAACGGCAUCACGCAAGUCUGCAGGCAUUGUCUGCAACUCUCUCGCGGAAAACAUGUCGAACUUUCUCGUCGGAACGGCCGACCUCACGCCUUCGGUGAACUUGAGCUACAAACAACAGGUGGAUUUCCAAUCACCCGACUUCGUAGCGGCAUGCGGGAUGACGGGAGCCUACUCCGGCCGCUAUAUCCACUACGGGAUCCGGGAGCACGCGAUGUGCGCGAUCUCGAACGGACUCGUGGCCUUCAACAGGGGAACCUUCCUUCCCGUGACGAGCACAUUCUUCAUGUUCUACAUCUACGCAGCCCCAGCGGUACGUAUGGGCGCGCUGCAAGGGCUCCAACAAAUCCACAUCGCAACGCACGACAGUAUCGGUACAGGCGAAGACGGGCCGACGCAUCAGCCCAUCGCCCUACCCGCACUCUACCGCGCGAUGCCCAACCUGCUGUACAUCCGCCCGUGCGAUAGUGAGGAAGUAGCCGGGGCGUUCAUCACCGCGAUUAAGGCAACGUCCACCCCGAGCAUCAUUUCCCUCUCCCGCCAGAACUUGACGCAGUUCCCGGAAUACUCGCACCGCGACGGCGUCCAGAGGGGCGCCUACGUCUUCAUCGAAGACGCGGCUGCAGAUAUCACGCUCAUCGGCAUCGGCUCGGAGAUGGGCUUCGCCGUCUCAACACGCACCCUCCUCAAGGAGAGAUAUAACAUCAACGCCCGAAUUGUCAGCUUCCCUUGCCAGCGGCUCUUCGAGCAGCAAUCGCGCGACUACAAGGAAUCCGUGCUGCGCUACAAAUCUUCGUGUCCGAUCGUCGUCAUCGAAGCCUACGCCGUAAACGGCUGGGAGCGGUACGCAGACGCAGGAGUAAGCAUGAAAUCCUUUGGGAAGUCGCUUCCCGGAGAUGUCGCGUAUAGGCAUUUCGGGUUUGAGCCGAGUGUUAUGUCGCAGAAGAUUAAGGGGUUCGUCGAGGAGGUGAGGGCGAUGGACGGUGGGGUGCGCGCUCUGAGAGGUGAGUUUAGGGAUCUGAAUGGCGUGAUGGGUUUUGGCUUCGAGCAUUGA